AUGGCGACUCCAGCGCAAGCACUUGCUCGAAUCGAUGCGGGCUCCAUCUCCGCCAUCUUUGAUGGAGGCGCCGCUGUCGUCCAGCAGCCCAUCGUCCAAUGCGUUCAGAUCAAACCGAUUGCAAGCAAUACGGGCGGUGCGGAGCGGUAUCGUGUUAUCUUCAGCGAUAGCAAAAACUACAUUCAGACCAUGCUUGCUACCGCUGCCAACCAUCACAUCACCAGUGGCAGCAUGAAGACCAACUGCUUUGUCAAACUGCUCGGCUAUCAGGCCAACAACGUGAAAGGCAAGAAAAUUCUCAUCGUUACGGAACUCGAGGUCAUCGAAGAACUCGGCGUCAUGGAGAAACUGGGCGCGCCCCAGCCGCUCGAAACGAAGCCAGAAGAGGAGACGAAACCCAACCUCAACAACAUCCCAAGCAAUAACUUCUAUGGCCAACAACAGCAGCAGUCCCGGUCGUUGCCUACGCACAACAAAGGCCCUUCGUCGUCGAAUAACGCCAACAUCUACCCAAUAGAGGCACUCUCCCCAUAUUCCCACAAAUGGACCAUCAAGGCACGAUGCACCAACAAAUCAGACAUCAAGACAUGGCACAAUAUGAAGGGUGAGGGCAAACUGUUCAGUGUGAACCUGUUGGACGAAAGUGGCGAGAUCCGAGCGACUGGCUUCAAUGACCAAUGCGAUCAGCUGUACGAGUUGUUCCAGGAGGGCCAAGUCUACUACAUCUCUUCACCUUGCCGAGUCCAGAUUGCGAAGAAGCAGUUCUCCAAUCUGAGCAACGACUACGAGCUGACGUUUGAGCGUGAUACGGUGGUGGAGAAGGCUGAAGAGGAGGCUGGUGUGCCACAAGUCACAUUCAACUUCACACCAAUCUCCGACCUUCAAUCAGUCGAGAAAGAUACCACUAUCGAUAUCAUUGGCGUCAUCAAAGAGGUAGGCGAGACCAACCAGAUUACCUCCAAAACUACAAGCAAGCCGUACGACAAGCGUGACCUCACUUUGGUGGACAAUACUGGCUACUCGGUCCGCCUCACCAUCUGGGGCAAGACGGCUUCGGGCUUCGAGCUUCCUCCGGACUCGGUGGUGGCGUUCAAGGGCGUCAAAGUGUCCGACUUUGGUGGCCGAAGCUUGUCGCUUCUGAGCUCCGGCUCGAUGACAGCCAGCCCGGACAUACCGGAAUCGCACAAGUUGAAAGGCUGGUAUCAAUCGCAAGGCCACAGCGAGUCAUUCGCCACGCAUGCGAACGUUACUAGCACCGUUUUUGGUGCGGGUGGCUCUCGUGACCCGUUCAAGACGAUCGCCCAAGUCAAGGAAGAAGGCUUAGGCAUGGACAGCGAGAAGGCCGACUUCUUCUCCCUCAAAGCCUCCAUCCAGUACAUCAAGCAAGACAACUUUUGUUACCCCGCUUGCUCGUCGGAAGGUUGCAACAAGAAGGUGAUUGAGAAUGAACCCGGCCAGUGGCGUUGUGAACGAUGUGACAAGAGCUACCCCAAGCCGCAGUACCGCUACAUUAUGAGUGUCAACGUGAGCGACCAUACUGGUCAAUUGUGGCUCAGCUGCUUUGACGAGACCGGCCGAAGCAUCAUGGGCAUGAGCGCCGAUGAACUGAUGGAUAUCAAAGAGGUGGACGAGAAGAAGGCUAGCGACAUCUUUUCCGAUGCCAACUGCAGAACGUGGAAUUUCAAGAGCAAGGCGAAGAUGGACAGCUUCCAGGAGCAGCAGAGGGUGAGAUAUCAGGUCACGUCCGCGGGCGCGAUCAACUAUGUUGCCGAGUCACAGAAGUUGAUUGAGCUGAUCAAGCAGUACAACCUUGGCGAUUGA